AUGGAGAAGAUCUUGCGUUUCUCUCUACUUUGUUGCAUCGUCUUAUUCGUGAUCUCGAAUUUUCACGGAUCUGCCGAAGCAGGGAAGCGACGGAUCGAGAUCACCGACGAUCUAGACGACGUGGAAGACAACGAAGAAGACGAAUCGUGGAAAACGUGGGGGGAAAAAGCAGCGACUCCAGAGUUCGAUCCUCCUCCUGAUUUCUCUAACAUGGGAUUCGAUCAGAUCCAAGAGGAGAUGGCUAAACGGACUUUCGCACCUGUCGUUGGGUUCGUCAAGCUCCGGUUAGGCGUCCAACGCACUAAGGAUAUGGUGGUGGAGAUUGCUAUGAGAUGGACGAAAGUUUUGAGAACAGGAGGGUUAGGAGUGAGGUUCAUGGCUGUGGAUCGAAGCACGGUGAUGUUCAAUAUGCAGAACGGGAAGGAAGUGACUGAGUUAAGGGAGUUUGUGCUGAGCCAAGAAGAGGCUUAUGAGGUUAAGAUUGGGAAACAAGAGUUUCGAAGACCUGGAGAUCCUCCUCUUGAUGAUGUCGUUGAGAAACUUAAAGCUAAGGAAAGCAAGGAUGGUGAAGAUGGUGAUGGUAAUAACAAGGAUGAUGUGACCAAGGAUGAAUUAUGA